CACCAUUUACUGAAGCAACGUAGGCAGCAAGGUCAACACUGUUUUUGAGGUUUAUAUAUUUGUUCACUUUUUAAAACAUCAACGCUUUGGUUGCCUGAAAGGUCAUCAAUGAGGACAGCAUCAAAUUAACUUACAUAGUGACUCAAAGUACUAACAUGGAUGAUUCAAGGGUCUGUUCCAGGAAUAUGUUGUUCGUGAGGAAACCUGUUAAAACCCAUUCAUCCAGCACUUUCCUAGUAGAUACCACACUUUUAAAAAAUCCUACAGAACUUAAACCCGAACAUGAACCUCCACCAAAAGGCUUGAGACGAGAUGUAUCAGAAGCCACUUCUCUCCACUUUCCAGUUUCUCCACUAGGUGGGGAUUUGUCCCCCAGCUCACCUACAAUGGUCCACCGUAUGGAGCUUCUGAAAAAGGGUUCCCCAAAGUCUAAGGCCUUAGAAAGUUUAAGAGCAAAGAUUCAGCAGCAGAAGCUUGAGAGGAUAUCUGGAAGACCUGUCACUGAGUUGAUGCAUCAAUGCCAUGUCGUCAGGAAAGUCUGCAGGGUGACCAGCAAAGGGGCAAGAAUAGUACCAGGUACAGCUGGAGUAAUGGGAUUGUGUGUAAGGAAAGCCUAUCUAAGCCCUUCCGCAAGCACAGCCAGCCACUUGAAACCAGACUCCAAAGGUGCUGCUCUCAGGAACAAAGAAGCACAUUCUACUUACAUAUCCGCUUGGAGAGAAGCGCAGAAGCUUGUGAAGGAAGUUUUGGACCCCCAGACCAUUAGUGCCUCAGAGACUCAGAAGGACAAUACCAAGGGUCAUAAGAAGACUCAACAGAAGGAACAACUGAAAGUUCGGAAUCAAUCAAAACAAAGUUCUGAUCAUUCCACUGAAAAGAAUCUUUUAAGCCACUGUAGGAAAUCCUCUCCUGCCAGUAAACCUUUCACACUGGCCAACAGAAACUGUCAGGCCUCAACAGACUCCUCUGGUAGCCAUGUUAAACACAUCACAACUCAGCCAUCGUCUCUACAAAGAAAAGAGAACAUAAGCCCUACUGAACAAAGUACAAGACAGAAACAAAAUGCACAGGAGCUGCAUGAAUACAUGCAUCGUCAGGCCCUCGAGAGGAGAAGGAAGGAACGACAGAUGAAGAGAAAAGCAGAACUCGAGAAGGAGAAGAGGAGAAUGAGUGUGCAUGAAGUGUUGAAGAAGCAGAAAGAAGCCCUCCAGAGGGUCAGAAAACAGCAGAUACAAGAGCCUGUGAAAAGCACAACUGCUGAAAGGAAGAGUGGAAAUGUUCUCCUGGAGAGUAAGCCAACUGCUACCAACAGCAGCAUGGCUCUUAGAUGGGCCCAGUGUGAUGCAGGAACUGGGCAGACAGAGUGUUUCUCUGAGGCCAGCAACCCUGCUGAUUUGAACAGAUCCCAGAUCAGCCUGGCAGAGACUCAAAAACACAGAGUGGAGGUUAUCAGAAAGAUGAUGGUCUCUCUGGAUGCACGUGUGGAGAAUGAGGCUGCCCAGCUGGUGAUCAUGGGUCUGAAAGGAACCCUGGCGGUAAACGCUGGUAAACAGAAUGAAGCUGCAGACAGAAACAAGGAGAAAGAGUCUGUAUCCACUGAUGGAAAUGCACCCAAGAAGAAAGAGAUCAAAAUCAGCAUGGGUAUGUGGAUAACUAGCUGCUCAGACGGUAGGAUGCUGUCACCACGUAGACUGGCCCACUGAAAAA